GUCUGUCGUUUGGAGAAGGGCGGAUACGCGAUUUUUAUCGACGCGAGGGGGGGCCGUCGACUCCUCGCACGAAUUGCUUUUGUUUGUUCCUCAUGUUUUCUUUGCUUGUGUAUUUCCUUUGUUUGUGCCCUCUAGGUCAACCUGCUGCUUCGACCUCUCGGGCAUAUGGAAGGUCAAAGAUCUACAACAACAAACCAUGGGCUCUGGACUGGGUUAGUGGUCUGCAUAAGCCUGGGUGUGGGGCCGUUGUCUUUUUGAGCGACGACAAUGGUGCGACGUGGUACUGUUGUGGGGCUGUUGAGAAAUCUGAGAGCGCCAGGAACACCUACAACGGGAGGUCGUUCAGGACCUUCUUUCUUACGUCAGUUUUCGACAAGGACGGGAAAAAUUGGGUCAAGGAAGACAAGAAGGUCGGCCUUGACUUGCGGCUCUUUCAAGGCUACGGCGUGAAGGCUUUCUCCAUGAAAGCGUUUGACGCGCGCGGGGACGACGCCGAGCUUCACAUGCUCACUGCGGAACAAUUCCUCAGUAGAACGAACGGCUGCCACGUCACUGGCUGCCUUCCUGUCGUCGACAGUUCCUUGGAGCUCACCAAGCCGUUGGUGAAAUUCAGCAGCCCGACGGACCAACUUCCAGGUGUUGUUAAGGAGUACAGGGAAACCUUCUUGAGGCUGCCUCUGGACCAGCAAGCUGACUGCGCUUUCGUGCCCUUUGUCAUGAGCUCGAGGAAAUCGCGACAUACGCCAUCCGCACCGGAAGGUGCGUCUGCCCUGAUUGAGCAAAACGAGGAUGAAGAAGAUGGGGGAAGCUGCGGUUCACGUGAAGACGGCGGUGAUGACGAGUACAUGGACGUUGGGGAUGAGAACAUGCAGGACCAGAACAUGCUUGGCGAUGACGACGUCGGUAUCACGUCGGAGCAUGGCCCUGGCGACAUCCCCGCCGGUUUUGUGGGGCCGGCUGUUGGUCGGCACUUGUCGUCCCCUGCGAUAUGCCAUUCGCAAGGCGGGAGUCAGGGUGGGCAUGACUCGCAGGAGCACGGAGGAUCGAAGUCGAGGAAAAGGACAAGAGAAACUUCUCCUUCUGCUUCCGCUCACAAGAGACAAUCAAGGACUGACGCUGUAAAUGAGGCUCGUGGAGCUCUGAUAGCAUCCCAGGAGGCGAGACCUCCACGGAAGAGCAGCCAGGAGGGAAGAUCUGGCGGUCCUGGCAGCGGCCGUGGUGGGGCAAGAAAAGGUAAGCAGAUAGUGAGGGCAGAAGAACAACGGGACUCGGGAGAUGAGGGCGAGGGAGUGGGCCCUCGCAUGCCCGACGAUGGUGAUGAACCGCUUCAGCAUGCUGCACCCAUCGACACGACGCGUUGUUUCUUCCUCGAGUACGACGAGCGAGGGUUUGCUAAGCAAAAAGUCCUCCCUGUUCUUGUGGACGUCAUGAAAAUCAAACGCAUUCCCCGCGGGAAUAUUCUUUUCAACCAUCGCUCUUUGUCUGCGAAUAUUGUGCGAGGCAUCGAGAAUGCCAUCGAGAGUUCCAUCACCACGGAACCGGGGGCGUGGGAUAGGCCUGAGCUCGUGCUUGUGCCGGUUGACCGCAACGAAAUCGUCGGCGGUCGAUGUCUAUGUUUCAAUGUCUCCACCUUCGACAACACGCGCGAAAAUCGGGUCAUGAUGUUGUCGUUCGAGGAUGUUGUCCGUGAUAUGAGCCAAUGGUGGAUCGAUAACCACCGAAUCGAGGCCCCAAAAGGCAAGGUCAGCGAUAAGGAUGCGGUCGCCGUUGCGCACCAAAAGAAGUGGCAAAAUUUCUUAAGGGCCUCCAUGGGGAAGGCAUGCGACAAGGCGUUCGUAAAGCAAGCGCUCGAGAAUGAGUACAGUAAGGAUUGGAGCAAUAAACUCCGUGGCUACAUGAUCCUCGCCACAUCCACCGAGGUUGUGUGGCCACAGGUCGAGAAGUUCUUCGACAUGUUCAACGAGGGGAAGCUGCCAGUUGGCGAUGGUAAAAUACCGCUUGACAUGCUGGGUAGGAUGGAGGGGCACCAGCCAGGCCUGUACACCGACGAGACGAAGGGGCAAAGGACAUUAUACCAUUGCAUUUACCCGAGAGAUGGUCCAAAAGGCUCCACCGUGUCGUGGAAGGAUCUUUGUCCUUCCUACUUCAAAAAUUUUGGGGAUUUGACGUGCCGUGAGAGGGAAGUUGCACUGCUCCUACUCAUGAAAGGGAAGGUGGUCGCGACGAACGUCAAGGUCAUGCCUCCGAGAGUGAAUACGGAGUGCCUCCUCGACAUCAUGCGCAAGGAACGCUAUAUGGUCCGUAUGUUCAACUACGUUGUUUUCCGCGCCGAGGGAAGGGCGGACGAUGAAUGGAAUGAUGCCUUCUUCAUGUCAUACAAGGACCUUGAAGACAGGUAUGGGCCGAACGGUCUAUGUGCAGCUGAAUGGGAGAAGGAACGGGACAAGCUGCAUAUCAGCAAUGUGAAGACGGUCCCUCGACGACUUGGAGGGGUGGAGGAGGCAAGGCAAGGAUCAGGCUUGGGCCCUACGGCGGCAAUGUAUAAGGAGGCUCCGUUCCACUUUAAGGUGUUUGUAUACACCUCAAUCGAUAAGCUCGAUCUGCUUCGAGCGGAGGUCAAACGGGUCGCCUCCAGCGCACGUCAUAUCGUGUGGGAUAAACUUAAAAAACAAACAACAUUGUUGCCGGUGUGCAUGMYAUUGAAGGAAGUGYUGGCUGSGYCGGACGAYAUCGUCGYUGCGGCGCAAAAAAUGACUUSCAGGGCCGUCAUCCUUGACAUCUYCCCCGCUAACUUCUSCGCGACAUGGACCUCUCAAGAGUUCGACGCUCUGCACUCUAUGAUGACUAAGUGCUGUGGCGUUAAUUGGGUUCUUUUUGUCUUCGCACCGCAGAAGGUGCAAAGUGAUGUUCUGCGUUGCUUAUUUCGGUGGGAGGACAUCGAACUCAUCCUCGGGACCUGGAAACGGGUGGACAGGCCAUCGAAUGACAUCACGAGGUAUGGCAAUAUCGCUACGGCGAGUCGAGACAUGAUGGCCAUUGUCCUGCACGCGGAGGGAGUGGAUCUCAGAAAGGUCACGGUCGCACCCCACCUUGUUAAUGACCUCACAAACGUGCAUGUCGUGGAGGAGAAGUUCGGGAAGUGUCUGGGGAAACACGGUGGCAUAGAGGGCGAUGAAAGUGUGGUGUAUUCCAUCUGGGAGCGAGAGCCUGGCAAGUUGCGUUCGUUGUGCGGGUCAUUCGUCGGGGAGGCGGAAGGUGUGCUUUUAUUGAGUAGGGCGCACGCGGGUCUUGUGUGGGAAUUCUUACUGGCAGGGAAUAAUGUCAUUGCCUGUGACGAGUCGGCAAAGGACAUUGCAUACUUGACAAAGUUCAUCGAUAUACUUGUCAAGGACGACAGAUUCAACUGCCACGUCGAGAAACCGCAUUGCAAACAUGGCCUAAACAGGGACAUGUUCCACAAGUUGGGGCCUAAGAGACUGAUGGUGUGGGAGUACUUGUUCCGCGAUAUGCCACAAGGACGGCUUAACGGAAAAUAUAUAUACAGGAAAGCAAAGGCAACAGAGACCCUCAAACAUUAUCACGGGCAGAGCGAGGCCGCCAUCAAAGCCAAGGCCGAAGAAUUGUUUCAUGUCUUGCGCGACAAUCGGCAAUUGGAGUACAGCAACAAAUUUUAUGCCCUGCGCUCGAGUCCCUCAUGCGGGUCAAUCAACUGGAAGGUUGAUCAAACCGCCAGAACCUUGGAGGGGAUCUGCUCUCAUGAUUUCAUGCCUUCGGCUGAGCCGGCCUCUGUGGCUGCGCAAGCAGGGCACAGGGGAGAUGACGGGACUACUGCUGUCGGGCCUCAAGAGGUUGACAUCACGUCUAAGCUGCAAAUAUCGAAAAAAUCCAUCUCAGUCGCCGCGGCACAAUCGUCCCCACCCAUCGAUGUGUCAAUGACGUUGCCGCUGGAUGCAGGUGCCACGUACGGGAGUUUAUUGAUAACAAAUGCUGCAAUGCAAGGCAGAUCCGAGAUCGAGUCAGAGUCUGAUGUUGGUCCGAGCGUAGCGGAGAGUCAGUUGCAACCGUCUUUAUGCACUGGCAAAGGUGAUGCACAAUCAUCGCUGACACCACAGGGAGGGGCCGGUUGGGAUGGCGGGAAGGGAGGGGAUGUGGAGGGAAUGCACCUCCCUCUUAUCAAUCCUGGACAUUGGCGGUUGUGGCGCGAAACUUUUGAGGAGCUGUCUUUCUGCUUGGCCAGAAUACAGGUGACGUGGACGCAGACCAGCGGGCAUCUUGCGUGGAUCGAAAAUCCGGAGCUGCUAAUCAUCCAAGCUUGGAGAACUAACGUGGAGGGCGAUCUUCUUGGCUUUCUCUUUGGAUCGGUACAGCCGGGGCGUCGCCAGCUGAUUGCGCAGGAGCUCAUCGCACCGAUCGUGCAAUUGGCGGACGAUCUCUCGCCCGACAUCUAUUCACAGAGUGACGACAGUCCUGCUCCGUACAUUUUCGAGCGAUCAUUGGAUCCGUACCUUCAGUGGACUGCGUGCUUGGAGGAACCCAGGGACGAGGAUACGCUACCAGCACGGCAGGAGUAUCUCAAGCCGUACGAUAUCAUCCCUCACGCCUUGAAUCCAAGGGCGAAGGAAGUGGUGAUAGACGACGACGAAGAAGACGAGGACGAGGAAACAUCGGAGGAGGGAAGCUAUAGCGAGUAUAGCGAGGGCGAGCCGAGUGAAGAAGAAGAAGAGGAAGGAGAAGAAGGAAUCGAGUCCGAGUGGGAAGCUUUGCCGGAGGAGGCGGUGCGCACGGGAACAGAGGCGGAAGAUCCGGAGGCGGCGCGGAGGCGCGAAGAAAUUUUCACCGGAAAGCGACAGCUGGAGUUCGCCAUCGGAGCCAGUCUGCGCAUCAGCAACGACCCGACUAGGGACCCGGAGCCGCCAAAGCCCGAAGAUGGCGACCCUACAGCCGCCACCUCAAGUACCGCGCGACGGAGACGGAGCCGAUCCUCCUCCUCCUCCAGCCCCACCACGGCGAUCACUUCCCCCACUUCCACCGGAUCAUCCGAUAUGAGGAGCUUCCGGUGACGAUGGAAGGAAUUAAUCGCUUCCUACCCCCACUCCCUCCCCGUCGACCUCGUGAAAUCCCCUCCAUGUACCGCCUCUAUUGGCCCAUUCCAACUA